AUGGACGAUAUUGUCAUUUAUGCGAAACCUGUACAAGAACAUAAUGAAAAAUUCGAAAAAUUAUUAGGACGUUUGAAGUCUGCUGGACUUAUUUUACAACCUGAUAAAUGCAGGUUUCUAUGCAAAGAAAUUCGAUAUUUAGGUCACAUAAUUUCUGAAGAUGGGGUUAAUCCAGAUCCAAAGACGUCUCUAGGGCAUCCUUAUUUUUUUUUGCCCGCUGAGAGGCCAGGCCGUGUUAAUGCCAAUGCGGAUGGGAUUUUACGAAAUCCAGUACAUUUUAAUGAGAAAAAUAGUAAAGAGUAUAUUGGUGGUGCGGAUGUUCAUGACGAUGCUGCAAAGGGCUGUAGGUGGAACAUUAGCUACUUCUCCGGAAGCAAUGUCCUCUACCACUAA